AAGAGAAAAAGGGUAAACCAAAAUAACUGAAAAUUUCCGAACAGAUAGAAGAGGAAAGACGUCUCUCUAUUAGGUAGAAAGAGAGAUCUUUAAAUUGCAGAGACAGAAACUGCUGCUGAUCAUAAAGAAUGUCAGAAGUUAUAAAAGAUUCAGCAAUCAAACUGUUCGGUAAAACCAUAUCGCCAGACACCCUCUUUCCCGAUGAUGCAUCACUUUCUCAUUCCUUCACAUCAUCCACUUCUCCUGACAGCAAGGAUGAAUCGGUAGUUGAGGACAACGGGUCAAGCGAAGAUGAAAAGAAGGAGGCGGUGGCGGGGAAGAAGCCGGAGAAGAUAAUCCCGUGCCCACGGUGCAGCAGCAUGGACACCAAAUUCUGCUACUUCAACAACUACAACGUCAACCAGCCACGUCACUUCUGCAAGAAGUGCCAGAGAUACUGGACAAGCGGCGGCACCAUGCGAAACGUCGCCGUCGGAUCCGGCCGCCGCAAAACCAAGAACUCCAUCCAUCCCAACUACCACGCCGAUGCUUUGCUCUUCGCCCCCCAUCACGGCUUCCCCCUCAGCUUCUAUCCCGCCGCAUUCUACUGCAGCUCAGGCCUCGGGAAGCACUCGCGAGACGGGGUUUUGGUGCCGAAGACGCUGAGGAUUCAUGACCCCAGCGAGGCGGCCAAGAGCUCCAUAUGGACGACUCUGGGGAUCAACAAGGACAGCGGGGGCAUGUUUGUUGGGAGGAGAGGCGUUGGAGAUGAUACUACGCUCGCAGCAGCGAAACUGCUGCGGGCGAAUCCCGCGGCUUUGUCGCGCUCGCUUAACUUCCAUGAAAGGGCCUCAACCUAAUUAAACCUUGCUUUUUGGUCUUGUUAUAUAUCUAUAUAUACAUUCUAACACUAGAUGAUAGUAUUGUCUAAUUUUGGGGAUUUUAUGAGUUUUUAUAUAUAUGGGGAUAGAAUUUGCAUAAUAUAUUUAUUCUGCUUGUACAAAUGUACAUAUCUUUCUCUAACUUUGGAAAGCAAAUAAAUCUUGGGAGUUUUGUAGAUUGAAAA